CACACAUUCACUCUCUCUCUCAUACAGACGCGCAUACAAAAUGCUCGCAGUGCGUUCAGUCCUGCGGCAGUCGCUGCAAAUUCAAUCCGCGGCGAGUUGGCUUUGCCGCAGCACUGCACCGGCCCAGAGACAGCUCAACACGUCAACGAAGAGCAAUGCGCUGCAGACCAGACGACAAGGCACUGUGCUGGGUGCGCUCCAGCCCUGGUGGUAUCAAGCAGCAUCUCGUGCGCUCGCUGAGCAGCAGGUGCGCGGCAUGAAGGUGCGGAGCAGCGUGAAGAAGCUGUGCGAUGGCUGCAAGAGUGUCAGGAGGAAGAGCGGCAAAUACGUGUACAUCAUCUGCAGCAAGAACCCAAAGCAUAAGCAAAGGCAAGGAUAAAAGGACAUCCACACAGCUACCGCAUUGCCGUGUCCGGACAAGCACAAGCUGGCAAGAAGUUGCUACUCUCGGUAUCAGGCCAAACGAGCGCAGAUUUGGUAGGCGCGAUUGCACGUUUCGACCACCGAAAUUACAGCUUUUUCGAGGACAACUCGGCUCUCAUCAGGACUGUCCAAUUCCCACAGAACCUGAGCACUUCAUCCAGGCUAUAUAGAACGUGGUAUCCAGCAUGGACUGAGAGGAAACAGAAAUGCCAUUUCUGGUUCACUCGGGAAUUUACAGCCCAGAAUACCUGCUAUUGCCACAACGUGCGCUUAAAGCCACUUCGCAGAUCUGACGCUGGCGCGGAGUGGAAAGACAGCAUGUAUCAUUGAUUGAACAUGGCGUCGCAUAUUGGGGGCGGCCUUUCUUGAAAGUCCAUAUAGUCUGUACGUUGUUGAAGC